UUUUCUUUUUUUCUCAUGUUGUUUGAUGCUUCGAGUACUUGGGGUAGAAACAAAGUGAUGCCGAAUUAAUUUAUUAACAUUUUUAUUUUAAAAGUAUAAAUAUGCAUUACUUUGCUGGAAAGUAGUUUCAAGAUACUAACUUCAACGUUUCAUUUCUGUUAUGAGAAAUUUCGCUUAUCACCUCAAGAUUUCGUCGAGUUGAUUUUUAACCUCACAAUUUUAACCGAUGAGAAGUUAGAACAAAAUGGCAGAUGGAGUGGAUAUUGAUUUAUACGCCGAUGACUUGGAACAAGAUUUUGCUCAGGAGUUCGCCGGCGAAUCUGUCGAUUUAUAUGAUGAUGUUAUAGCUGGCGGUAGUUCAGCGAAUGGCGAUGUUAAACCACAAUUAAGUUCGAACUCAAGUACCAUAAGCAACAACGAUAAUGCUUUGAGCCACGCUCCUUAUAGCACAACUAAUGGUGCCCAGAAUCCUUUACCAAUUAAACGAUUUCAGUUGUACGUGGGCAAUUUAACAUGGUGGACUAGUGAUCAAGAUAUUACGGAAGCUGUGCAUUCCCUCGGCAUCACGGAUUUUCUAGAUGUGAAAUUUUUCGAAAACCGUGCCAAUGGACAAUCUAAAGGUUUUUGCGUUAUUUCAUUGGCGUCAGAAGCUAGUAUGCGACAAUGCUUGGAAAAAUUACCUAAAAAAGAGCUCUAUGGACAGUGUCCGGCGGUUACAUAUCCAACUAAACAAGCACUGAAUCAAUUCGAAGCGCAAUCUAAGACGAGAUCAGCACCUCCGGCUACUUCGAAUUCCGCUCGACCGCAACAUCCUCAACCACCGCCUCAAGUGAAUAAUGCUCCUAGAAUGAUGAUGCCACCGCAGCAGCAACCUCCCCCGCAACAACAACAACAGCAGUUACGGGGUAGAAUGCCAGGUCCAGGUAUGCCUGGUGGUCCACCUAUGCAGGGAGGUCCAAGAAUGCCUGGUCCACCACCGCCUCAUCAAAUGGUUCAGGGUAUGCCUCCUAAUGCAGUUCCAAACCAUCAACCACCUCCCGGUUUCCAUCAAGGCAAUGCCUAUGGUGCCAGACCUGGUAUGAUGCCGCAAGGUAUGCCUCCGCAGAACCGUCCUAUGCCUCCAGGAAUGUUCCAAGGUCCUCCGCCUGUGCAAGGAAUGCGAGGUCCUCCUCCUGGACCGCAGGGUGGCCCACCUCAAGUAAUGCAUAACGAUCCGAGAGCUCCUCGUCCUGAUUGGAAUAGACCACCAGGUGCACCUCAUCAACCUGGAGGGCCAAAUUUUCACGGUCAUCAACAAGGCCCUCCAAUGCAAGGUUUAAUACCUGGUCAAGGACCGAUGGGGCGUCCGCCAGGUCAUUUAGGAGGCCCUCCUGUACAUGGUAUGCCUCCUGGAGCACAAGGACCUCCGCCUCACGGACCACCUCAACAACUACCCCCGGCGCCUCAUGUAAAUCCGGCUUUUUUUCAACAACCGCAGCAGCAUCAGACUGGUCAGCAUGUAGGUCACGGAUACGGGUCGCAGUCGUCUUCUAGGCCGUACGGUGGUGGUGAUGCGCACAGAGAACAUCAUGGAUUAGCCAUUAACGAACAGGAAUUUGAGGAAAUUAUGAGCAGAAAUCGCACUGUUUCGAGUUCAGCGAUUACAAGAGCAGUAGCUGAUGCAGCCGCAGGAGAAUAUGCAAGCGCUAUUGAGACAUUGGUAACAGCGAUAUCGUUGAUUAAACAGUCGAAGGUAUCCGGCGAUGACAGAUGUAAGAUUUUGAUUAGUUCGUUACAAGAUACGUUACAUGGAAUUGAGACUAAAAGUUACGGACAUAGUAGAAGAGAUAGAUCAAGAUCACGUGACCGAGACCGAUACCAUAAACGUACAAGACGCGAUCGAUCGCGAUCAAGAGACAGAGACUACAGAGACAGAAGUCGAGAACGAGAUCGCGAUAGGGAACGUGAAAAAGAAAGGUACUACAAUGAUUCGUACCCGAGGGACAGAUCUCGUAGCCGUGAUCGCGACAGAGAUCGGGAAAGAGAGUACAGGGAUAGAAGUAGAGAAGACAGUUCCACUCGUGUUAAUGUUCGUAAUAGAGCCAAGUCCCCGACAGAUACUGUGGAUCCAGUUGCAGCCGGAACGGCUGUAGUUUCGUCUAAAUCCAGCAGUAGUAGAUAUUACGAUGAUCGUUAUCGUGAUAGAGACCGUGAUCGUGAACGCGAUCGAGAUCGGGAUCGUGAUCGUGAAUCGCGUCAUGUAGAACGAGAACGCGAUCGUGAACGACGAGAAGAAAGAGGCGAAUCUUCGCAUAGAACAUCGAGACACUAACAUUCGAACGUACAGACUUGAAUUUUUGAGAUGAACGUUACAGUUAUUUACUUUAUAGUCAGAAUAUAAAAAUUAAAUGAUCUUCGUGUUCAUUUCGCUUAUUUUUUUUUCUUGCUCGCGUUGAAAUGCUCCCCGAUUUCAAAGUGUACAGGCUCCAAGGUUAAUUUUGUAUAUUUUUUGUAUGUUUUCCUGAUUCAUUUUUUCUCUUUCGUUUGUUAAGAUAACCUAUACACGGUUGUAUAAGGUGUAAAUGGUUACGUUCGUUUGUCACUAGUACGAAUGAACGAUAUUUCAAGAAUUUAUUAUUCAUUUUUUCUCAGUAAUAUUAUGUAUUCUUUUGAUGGACGUAUUUUAUGAUAAUUUAUUAUUUUUUUUUUUUGAAAUUUAUAAACUGGUAUCGAUGAUAAAGUAUCGAGUAUUCCUCCAUUAGAUGCAUACGUGAUUUAGUCUACGAAAAGGUUUUUCAAUGUUUUAAAAAGGCUAUAAAAGUAUUCUACCACGAGGGGUGUUUUUAUUUAAUUUUUAAUCCUUGUGUGUAAAUUUACGUUAUUAUCGGAUGUAUUUUGUAUCUGAUUAGAUUUGAUUUUGCAAAUCUGUGUGAAUAAAUAUGAAACCUGAACCUGAUUCAGACACCGCCGUGUAAUUUAUUUCGUUGUGUUACUGACAAGAAUGUAAAUUAUUUAAAGAAAUAUAGUGGUAGCUUUGUGA